AUGGUUGAGGCACCCCUCAAUGGCGUUGCUCGGGCACUUUCCAACGGGCUGGAGGAGGAGCAGGGUGGCGACUACGUCCCCAAGAGCAUCCUGCUCACCGGCGGAGCGGGCUUCAUCGCCAGCCACGUCGUGAUCCGCCUCUGCAGCAGAUAUCCCAACACGAAGGUGGUGGUGCUGGACAAAUUGGACUACUGCGCGUCCAUGCACAACCUGGACGCCGUGAAGGACCUUCCCAACUUCAAGUUUGUGAAGGGAGACAUCCAGAGCGCAGAUCUCAUCAGCUUCGUGCUGAAAGAGGACAACAUUGACACAGUCAUGCACUUCGCUGCUCAGACACACGUGGACAAUUCCUUCGGCAACUCCCUGGCCUUCACCAUGAACAACACUCACGGCACACACGUCCUGCUGGAGGCAGCACGCGUGUACGGCGGCAUCAGGCGCUUCAUCGCAGUGUCCACAGAUGAGGUGUACGGAGAGACCAGCGUUGGACGUGACUCUGGCUGCACGGAGACCUCCACUCUGGAGCCUACCAACCCCUACUCUGCUGCCAAGGCAGGCGCAGAGAUGAUGGUGAAGGCAUACAUGACGUCCUACAAGCUGCCCUGCAUCAUCACGCGCGGCAACAACGUGUAUGGCCCCCAUCAGUUCCCCGAGAAGCUGGUCCCAAAGUUCACCCUGCUGGCCAAGCGCGGCGAGCAGCUGCCUGUGCACGGCGGUGGACAGAGCACGCGGUCGUACCUGUACGUGGAGGAUGUGGCAGAGGCGUUCGACGUGAUCCUGCACAAGGGCGUGGUGGGCGAGACGUACAACAUCGGCACGCAGAAGGAGCGCACCGUCAUGGACGUGGCCAACGCCAUCGCCCGCCACUUCAACGUGCCCGAGGAGCGCAUCAUCCACGUCCGCGACCGCGCCUUCAACGACCAGAGGUACUACAUCUGCGACAAGAAGCUGGCGGCGCUGGGCUGGUCAGAGAAGACCAGCUGGGAGGAUGGCCUGGCCAAGACCAUUAACUGGUACAUGGAGAACGGCUUCAGCUCGCGCUGGGUAGGCGACGUGGACUCUGCCCUGGCAGCCCACCCCAAGGCCCAGUGACGAGCCUGCCAGUAGCAGCCAGCUCAGGCAGCAGGCUCUCAUUUGAAUAGGACAGCAGCAGCUAAGCCAUGAUCGACUACUGCUUCUGUACAGCCUCGUGUUUUGUGCGGCUUUCAACCGCUCAGGAUGUUCCCUUUUAAGGAUUUGAUGAGGCAGACCUCUGCAUGCCUCUUUCUGUGAUUUAAUGAGGCAGGAGAAAAUGAUUAAGACGAGUGAAUGCGGACAGAACUGCACCCAUCUGUUUGUGCUAAUGAGGCUGCAAGCCCACCGUCAAUGACAAUCCCAAACAAAUAAAGAUGUGCUAAAGAGGUACCAAAAGGGAUAGAGCAGCAUUCUGUGCAGGUUUCGUGGCAAAGAGCUGUCCUUCCCUGAUGAUGCCAUGCUCUGUGAAUUGCACAGCAACACGGCUGGUAAUCUGCUUUCUUUGAAUGCAAGAAAAUGUAUUGAAGGGAGCCACAUGUGCUAUUGUUUACAUCUGAACGCCUGGGGGGAGUCAGAUAAAAUGCAUGUCUGCACUGCUGGUGUACUUAGCGGUUUAGAAGAACGGUAUGAUACUGGUAUGUCUGUGGAGAUGAG